AUGAUUACUAUGCAAACAGCUGCUGAUGAUGAUGACAAUAAUGAGGACAUUGUCGGGAUGAUUUGUACUCCAGGACAGAAAUCAUCUACCAAUGUGAUCCACUCAGAUCGCACAGAUACGAUAGUUCCAGCGCAACUUACACUUGCGGAACAAAAUGCACUGCUGCAAACAAUAAAACAGAGCGGUCGAUUGAAAGCGAUACUGAAAGGCAAAAAGCCACCAAAAAUCACACGCGUGAUAACUUACGCUACGUCAGACGAAAUAACUAACGCUGAUUGUUCUGGAAGAGAUGAUCACUCCUUUUCGGAAGAUUUCAAUGGAGAUUUAUUGCUGAAGUUGAUUAGGAAUGGUCCAAAACAAUUUUCGUUCAAAUUUGAAGAAAUUAGAGAAAUUCUCCUUCAAGGAGCUCGAGUCUUUCUCAAAGAACCAACAUUGUUGGAGGUCCCAUUACCUUGUGUGGUUUAUGGUGAUAUACAUGGCCAAUACAGUGAUUUGCAUCGAUGGUUUAAUUUAAAUGGAUGGCCAAGUCAAGUACGUAGCGUAUUUCUUGGUGAUUAUGUUGAUCGCGGCUCACAUGGUAUCGAAGUGGUUGCAUUGCUCACUGCACUUAAAGUUCGUUUCCCCAAUAAUAUUUUCUUGUGUCGCGGUAAUCACGAAGAAGAAUCACUAAAUCGUGCAUAUUCGUUUUAUGAAGAAGUUUGCAUGAGAUUUUCUGAAAAUCUCGAAGGUAGAGAUGGUCGGGCAUUGUAUCCUUACUUUCGAACUUUGUUCAGUAAUUUACCAUUGGCGGUACUUAUUGGUGGUCGAAUUCUUGGGAUGCAUGGUGGCAUUGGACCGAGACUUACUUCGUUGCAGGCAAUCCGAGAAAUUCGACGACCUUUGGAAGAAUUUGAGGUUGGGUCACUGGAAUGUGAUUUGGUAUGGUCAGAUCCUGAUACAUCUCCAGAUCGCAAUGGUUUCCGAAGCAAUUUUGAGCGUGAACCAUUAUAUGGCAUUGGUCAACUAUUUGGAUCUGAUACAGUCCAAAGUCUUUGCAAGAAGCUGGAUAUCGACAUGUUAAUUCGUGGACAUCAGGCACCACUUCAUGGGUAUGCAUUAUUUUCGGAUGGUUGCAUGUUGACUUUGUUUUCGGCUCCAGGAUAUAAGGGCUCAUCAAACAGUGACAUUAAUAUGGGUGCAUCCCUUGAAAUUUCAACCUCAAUGAACAUCUCAAUCAAACAGAUUCAGGUUACUGAGAAAUUUCGCCAGAAACGAAUCACUGACACUGAACAGAGAAAAACAAAAACGAAUGUCACCAGAGAACUCCCUCAAUCACCGGCGAAAAGCAAUGAAUCGAUGUCGCAGUCAACAUCAUCACUUUUUUGA